CUAUUUUAUGCCCAUCAACUUCCGUUAGUAAAUGUGCUGUUUGGUUUAGAAAAGGAUAAAAUACUGCUCAACUACCUAGAUCAUGUAUUUAUAAAACAGCUACCAAUCAUGUAAAACCACACUCUGAAGUUAGCAUUAUAACAUGGAUUUACUAAUUAGUGAAGAUGAUGCAACACCUCCACCUCCUAGUGGUAGGUCUGGAAGGGCCAAUAACAGACAUCGCCCUAGUGAAAGGCGAAGAUCAGAAAGAUCACGAAGGAGUAGACGAUCCAGGAGCAGAAGACGACAUAGAUAUAAGCAUAGGGAACGAAACUUUGUGGCUGCAGUGUGCACAACUAUAGUUAUAGUGACUAUAUCUACUGCUCUAGCAGAGCCGAAUUGGUUUUACUUGAGAGGAGGUGGAUGUAACACAAAGUAUCUGGGGGUAUUCCAGUUCUUCUAUAUUGGAAGCUUUGAGCAGUCGAGUGGGGAUGUUGGCGUUCCGGGCCAGGUUGUCCAGCCAAAGUUUGUCUACUAUACUGGGCCCGGUACAGAAUCAGUGUUGAUAAAUUGUGUGACGCCACAAGUGGUUCAGAUUAUGCGGGGUGUCAUAGCCCUCUGCUUCCUAUCCAUUCUCAGCAGUCUCUUUGCGUUUGUCCUGGAUCUGUUUGGUCCUUCUAUGAAGACUCUCCGCACCCUCAGACGUAAUGCUGUUGGAAACAUAGUAACAGUAUUGCUCUGUGUACUGAUCAAUGGAUUCUGUUACUGGGUGACACAAAUAAUUGAACAAUUACAGCAUGAUACAAAGCUCCACAAAGGCAGUAAGAUCAUAGUGACAUUUGAUGUUAGUUUCUAUCUGAUAGCUGGAGCAGGCGCAGUGUCUGUGAUUGCCACUGCAUGUAAUCUGCUGAAACGUUACCCUGUGUAUGAAGAGGAGGCGUCCGAUCGAGAACACUUGAUGGAUAACUACGAUGACAUGGACCCUGUAUCAACUGAGGGCCCUCCUGUGGUACCUUCCACUCAGCCGGUACCAUCUGUCCCCCCUCCCGCAUAUUCCCCAUAGGAGCACCUAGAAUUAGGAUUAAUACUCAAAACGCUUUAAAUAUAUGAUGGCUUUGAACACCAGCAAGCUUUAAAUAUAAUCAAGAAUACAAGGUUCAGAGCACCAAC